UUAUGGCAACAAUAAUUUGUAAAUAAACAAAUGUAAAGUGCAUAGUCAGCAAUGUCAAUGGUUGCCCUAUGAAAACUUCGUCUACCACCUUCAAAUAUGCAGAUCAGCGACUUUUGCUAUUAAAAAAAGAGAUAUUUACCCACUAUAUAUAGACCAUAUCUUACUGAAUGGUGUUGGAGUACAGUUCUAUACGAAAUUUGGCAAGCAAAAUGCAACUUUGUACUUGUUUAAUGUUGUUAACCACUUAUAGUGGCGUUGUGUUGGCAGGACCCAGCUUUGAAAAGGAGCGUGCGCAAUUACCUUCUUUUGUGAAAAUAUGUCGACGCAGUGACCCAAAUUUAGAUGUGUGCGCACGUAAUUCCUUGCUUGGCAUGAGGGAGCUGCUGCAUUAUGGCAUUCCGGAGCUGUUUAUACCACCGAUCACGCCAUUGGUUGUGCCUGAAAUCAGAAUGGAUCAGGAUUCGGGCGCAAUUUAUCUGCAUUCCACUUUCAAAGACAUUACCGUUAACGGUUUAGCCAACUUCACGCUCAACGAGUUGCACAUAAAUCCGCAGAAAAUGCGAAUGACACUGAUGAUGAGUGUGCCGAAUGUGACAAUGAAUGCAAAGUAUAAAAUGCAGGGUAAAAUUAUGAUGAUGCCACUGAUGGGCGAGGGUGAUUUCAAGGCGAAUUUCUCCAAUGUAGAGUUGAGCACGGUGAUUAACGCCGAGCGUUAUACGAGAAAGGAGCGUCUUUACGCCAAGGUGAAAGAUGUCACGGUGAAGUAUAAGCUUGGUAAGGCGGACUUGCAUUUGAGCAAUCUUUUCAACGGUGACCAUGCGCUGGGUGAGCGUAUGAAUACGUUUGUGAAUGAAAAUUGGGAUUCACUCUCGAGUGAGCUGCGUCCUUUGUUGGAGACUUCAAUGUCGGAUAUAGUGCGCGCUUCGGCGGAGAAGAUAUUCGAUACUUACAGCUUUGAUGACUUGUUACCCGAGUAAAUGUGCUAGUGAUAUCAAAAUGCCAUGUGUUCGCAUGUUUUCGAAAAUAAUAUGUGCUAUUUAGUAGUCUCUAAAUAAAAAACAGUUUUAGUAACUGCAUUUUGA